AUGACAUCUCAAUCAAAGUUCGCUCUAUCACGGUUGCUUGAGCGUUUUGACGCGACUAUAGCCGAACGUGAUACGCUACCUCUGCAGUCUCUAAAAGAAGCAGCUGUAGCAAAUAGACAUCGGUUGGAACUCGAGCUACGGAAUGCCUUGGCCGCUUGUGAUGAGGCACGCUCUCAGGCAUCAGGAUUCUCUCUGAAACUUCGGGCAUCUAUAAAGCAGGUCUCGGAAUUGGAGAAUAAGCUUUCCGAGCUGGAAGAGCAGCAUGCUCUCCACAGAAAGCAAUGGAAAUCGAAUUUUGACCGUGCAAACAAGCGGUUUGACGCUUUGAGGGCUGCAGUGCGCUCAUCCCCCGACGAAGAAAAGAUCAUGAUGAGGUUUAGGACAGCUUCCUCGGAUCAGGUUGUCAAAGCUGAUACAAGUGUUACCACUUGCCGUAGUGCUUCGCCAGCUGGCUCAUUGUUUAGUGUUCCAGAAGAGUCGUCAAUCGAUACCAUACCAGGAAGGGAGGAUAUCUCUCUUGCCACUCUGAAUACUCAGAGUCCGGGUCACACACCACUUGUCAAUAGACACCUUGCACUCCCAGCAUACGAAAGUGACAACACGCAGGGACAUUUUCCCACCUUGCUCGAAACAGUCUUUUCUCCUCAAUCCAGCCCACCUCCCAUCCUCGAGACACUCUUCUCCCAAACCAUGACUGGUCCAGACUAUCCUGAACUCGUACAGUCGGAAUCAGCCAAGGUCGACAAUGAGCCAUUAUGUACUCCACCAAGCAAGAGGCCCAAAUUAUCAAGCCCUCAAUCACCCGCUGUAACCACGUCGCCUUCAUCACCUUUGUCACGCCGCUCUCUUCCUGCACAGAAUUGCAAUUCAAUCUUCAUGAAGCCCCGGGAUUCAUCACCAGAUUGCGAUACUAUUCCAAGCACGUCUCUAAACGUAGAUCCUCUCGUCCGUCCUGAAUCGUGCGAAGGUGCACCGCCCUCAGCACCUAGGCCUAUGUCCAUGAAGACAUACGCAGCAACACAGGAAGCUCUGGAUAUUGUCAUGGAAGAGGUUGAUCCGUGCAUGGAGACAGAGGAGGAUGAGGAGGAUGAGGAGGGAGAGACAGAGUUUUGGGGAUUUGGAAGAGGCAAGAGUCACGCCCACCUGCAGGCUGCGUGUGACGCAUACGGAGCUCUGAAGGGGUGGUAG